AGAUCUCUCUGCGUUUAAAAUUUCCAAAAGCUCUCUUUAGGGUAAAGGCUCUAGUUGAAAAAGUUUGAAGCAGAGGAUUGAAUAUGGCGAGUGGUGGAGGAGGAGGUUACGGAGACCCGUCGCAGAAGAUAGACUACGUGUUCAAAGUGGUUCUGAUCGGCGAUUCUGCGGUUGGGAAGUCGCAGAUACUUGCUCGAUACGCGAGGGACGAGUUCAGUUUGGAUUCGAAGGCUACUAUAGGCGUCGAGUUCCAGACUCGGACGCUUGUUAUCGAUCACAAGAGCGUUAAGGCUCAGAUCUGGGAUACCGCCGGCCAAGAACGAUACAGAGCGGUAACAAGCGCAUAUUACCGAGGAGCGGUUGGGGCGAUGUUGGUUUACGACAUAACCAGACGCCAAACCUUUGAUCACAUUCCAAGAUGGCUAGAAGAGUUGCGUGCUCAUGCCGACAAGAACAUUGUGAUCAUCCUUAUAGGGAACAAGUCAGAUCUUGAAGACCAAAGAGCUAUCCCAACCGAAGACGCUAAAGAGUUUGCUGAGAAAGAAGGUUUAUUCUUCUUGGAGACGUCUGCGUUUAACGCAACCAAUGUUGAGAGUGCUUUCUCAACGGUCCUGAACGAGAUUUUCAACAUUGUGAACAAGAAAAGUCUUGCUGUGAGUGAAGAAGAACAACAUGGGUCGCUUGCUGGUAAGAAGAUUGAUAUUGUUCCAGGUCCUGGUCAGGUGAUACCAGCAAAGAGUAACAUGUGUUGUAACUCGUAGAUUAUAACGAAUUCAAGUUCUUAAAACAUAGUUUUAGAUUCUGGUUGGUAUGUUUCUACUAUCCAGAGUCGUUAUUAUUUGUUGACUGCUUCAUUAGCAGCUUUUGUGAGGUGUUUUGGGAUUGAAUCCAACUAAAACGAAUUAGUGUUAUAACUUCAUUCACAAUAAACAAAACCAAA